AUGAUUGAGGAUAAUACACCGACAGUCACAGCUCGGCGACGCAAGCCUACGAAGCUCCUACGCUUGCGAUUAGAGACUGCUAGACGACUUCAGAAUCUCAAUUCCCGUUCCAAAGCUAGACGGGCCGCGAGAAAAGCUGCAGGGUUGUUUCAAGAUCCCGCCCUUGAGGUAGAGGUGGAAGGGGAUGGGGGCAAUAAAAAAAGAAAACCCUGUCAUGACAUAAACAUAGCGCCCCGCAUACCCAAAAUUAAGAAAAACCGACUCUCCCAUCCCGAAAAGCCGCAGUCGAAGUUCAAAAAGCGCCAACGGUGCAAAUCUUGGCUUCCAACCCAUAUGUUCCACGCUAAGAGAGCACACAUGACAAGCCCCAAGGAGCCGCUGUGGAGAUUUGUGGUACCACUAAGCCCCACGGAGAAGAGUUAUAGACCUACGCAUAGGGCUAGUGGCGCGAGAGGUGCGGUUGUAUGGGACAUGAGUUAUAUCUCGACGAUUGGCUUGGAAGGGGUCGAGGCAAGCUUGGAAGGACUGUUUAGGGUUUUGGGUGUUUGCGGGGAAGAGGCAUGGGGAAAUAAAGGGAGGAAGUGGAGGACUGGGACGAGAAGCUUGGAAGUUUGGCUGUUUGAGAGGGAAGUGGGAGCGGAAGGGGGGGGAAGCGGAAGACCUAUUGCCCCUGUUACUCUUGUCUGGUGCGUGGAGAAGACAGCCAAGACGAGCGGAGAUGGGGAUGUCGAGAUGCCUGAUGCUGGGAAGAAGCUGAAGAAGCCUAGGCGGAAGAUGUUCUUAAGAGUUCAUCCGUCAGCUUUCUUGCAAGUGUGGGAGGAGUUGUUGAAAGCAGCGAAACUACAGAACCCGCAAGUUAUGAUCGAGGAUCUUAGAUUUGAUAUUGGAAGUAUCGAUGUCACUGGGCCCGCUGCAACGGAGAUCUUGCUUGCCGCUCUCAAGCCCAUACCACCACCCGAGGGGGAAAAAUGGCCUGAGGGCUCUCCUGAAGCAACGUGGGAUUCUCUUUCGGGUCUCACGAAUGCAGCGUCACUUCCGCAAAACGCUGUCCUAGCUUUCAAUAUAUCCGACCCUCGCCUCCGCCAUCCCCUUCGAACCAUUCAGCCUCCGACUUCAGAGUCCUGUUUGAAUGAACUCGCGAUCACCCUCUCGUCAUGGACACCUGACUCUACACAACUUAAACCAGACAUAUUUUCUCGCCCCGCGCGACUAACAGCCUCCCGGCUUCUACCUAGCCAAAAAGCUAUAAACCGCCGGAAAUCCCUGGCUAAUCCGGGCGAGUAUCCCUCGCCAAAACCUACAGAUCCGUGCAUUCCAGUCCUUAUCCUCGCGUCACGGCCAAAAUCUUUAUCCAACGGAGGAAACUCCCAGGGUACCUACACAGUGCUCUUGCCGUGGAAAUGUGUUGUGCCUGUCUGGUAUUCGGUCAUGUACUACCCACUAUCCUCUGGUGGGAACCCUCGUUUCGGUGGCCUGCUGGAAAAGCAGCAACUUGCGUUCGAAAGUGGAGAGCCUUGGUUCCCAGGCGACUUUCCAGGGACAAACGCAGGAUGGGCAUGGGAGAUUCGUGAGAGGGACAUUCGACGCGGGGAAUGGGAGCGUAAACCAAAGGGGAAACGUGUCGAGUAUGAUAGCAUCGACAUAGGAGGUCUGAAGAAGGGAGAGAUUGGAGAGGGUUGGGCCUGCGAUUGGGAGCGGCUUGUUAAGCCUAAUAUCCCUAUAUCAGACGGGGAAUGUUCCAAACCCGACUCCACUACCAUUGUUGAAGUAAAGAAGGAUGCCCUGACAGCAGAAGAGACCAAUCAGCGGGAAACAAGCAAGGGAGAGGGCAAGAAGAAAGAAAAGCGGAAGAAUACAUCCACUCCGUCCACUUCCACCUCUACAUAUACACACACCAAGCCAUCACCGCCACCUCUCCACAUCCACCACCUCCCUUCCCUUCUCGCCUCUACAAUCCUCAAGAUAAAAACUACCCAAAAAUCUCCUGCCAAUCUCCCUGCCCGUCUGCAAUCCCUCCUCAUCCACCCCGCCCUCGCCACCGUAAACCUCACCCUCAUCAACCGCGGCACCCCAAUUCCGCGAGCCCGCCUCUACCGCCUCCCAACCACAAAUCCCUCCCUGCGCAACGACUGGCUAGCCCUCCUCGACCCCUCCGCGCGUACACCCAGCGCCCAGAAACAGAGCAAAAAGCAAAAUCAGCAGCAGGCCAUCCUGGCGCAAAACAGCAGCAAACUACUCCCCACCAAUCUCUCUGCUGACCCAGAACCGGCAGCCCACCUGCCCAUGCCGGGUGAGGAGGAUUUGAUUGGCUUUGUCACGACGGGGAAUUUUAAUUUGGGGCAAGGGAGGGGGACGGGUGUUGCCUCUAUUUUGGUUCAGAGGGUGGGUGUUUAUGAUGGUUCUAGCUCUAACCUUGAGUGCACAGCUGGCCCUUCUUCCGGAGAUAGUGACAUUAGUGGGAUUACGCGGGUUCGGAUGAAUGGUAAGGGGACAACGGGGGUGAAGGGGGUGAAGGGGCGUAUGUUCUCCCGAGAGUAUUUGUCCAGAGUGUGUAUUGUCCGAUCUGCGGGAGAGAGGGUGGGGAGGUUGGGGGUUUGGGAGGUAAUGUGAGAUUUCUACCAAGGGAUCGAUAUAGAGUAAGGUUUUAGUGAAAUUGUUUUUGUAUUUGUAUUUGUAUACUAGGAUGUUAUGAGAUGAAAUUUAUGAAGC